CGGACCUAUACGUACACACCAAGAUAACAUAUGUAGAGAUAUAUUUAUUAAAGUAAAGAUUUAUAUAAGUAAACGCAUAUAUAUGCACCAACCCGUCUGUCUCUGCAACAACUAAUGGCGGGUCUGUACUCUUCGUCAAGACCCACCUCCUCCUCUGCAUCUUCUUAUCAGGCGCUCACUUCGCGAGCCCUAUUGCUUCUCACGCUCCUUCCAUUGUCGCUUGCUUGCUUCGCAUUUAUCUUGCAAUGGCGGGGCGGGUUGACCGACCCGGUCUCUCGAUGGUCGUCGGAUGCCGACGGGUUCCCCGGUAUGCGUUCCGUUGGCACCGGGACGCAGAAUUCUGGUUCCGGAUGUACUGAUCUUCUGGGUCGGAGCCGCUCGCUGGCUUUCCCGUAUUUCAAGGAGUGGAAGUUCGGGUUCGGGUCGGAUCUGAAGCCUAAGAUAUGCAUCACAACAAGCACUUCUGCAGGCUUGGAGCAGAUUUUGCCCUGGAUUUUCUAUCACAAAGUCAUUGGAGUUUCAAAUUUUUUCCUUUUUGUGGAGGGAAAGGCUGCCUCACCUAAUGCAUCUAAAAUCUUAGAAGCCAUUCCGGGGGUGAAAGUAAUAUACAGAACUGGAGAAUUAGAGGAAAAACAAGCUAAAAGCCGGAUCUGGAAUGAGACUUGGCUGGCAAGCUUCUUCUACAAACCAUGCAACUAUGAGUUGUUUGUAAAGCAAUCCCUUAAUAUGGAGAUGGCAAUCGUCUUGGCAAGGGAGGCUGGCAUGGAUUGGAUUAUCCAUCUUGAUACCGAUGAACUUUUACAUCCUGCGGGUGCUCGUGAGUACUCCUUGAGACAACUGCUAUCAGACGUGCCUGGAAAUGUGGAUAUGGUUAUCUUUCCAAAUUAUGAGAGUAGUGUUGAGCGGGAUGAUAUCAAGGAACCUUUCAGUGAGGUUUCGAUGUUCAAGAAGAACUUUGACCACCUUCCAAAAGAUGUAUACUUUGGAAAUUAUAGAGAGGCAACACGUGGUAAUCCAAACUAUUUUCUAACUUAUGGAAACGGGAAGUCUGCUGCUCGUAUACAGGAUCAUCUUCGUCCUAAUGGUGCCCAUAGGUGGCAUAACUAUAUGAAGACCCCAAAUGAGAUCAAAUUGGAUGAGGCAGCUGUACUACAUUACACAUACCCAAAAUUCUCUGAUUUGACUUCAAGACGUGACAGAUGUGGAUGCAAGCCUACGAAGGAAGAUGUUAAACGUUGCUUUAUGUUGGAAUUUGACAGAUCUGCAUUCAUAAUUGCUUCAACUGCAACGGAGGAGGAAAUGCUUCGGUGGUACCGUGAACGUGUUGUUUGGACAGACAAAACACUGAACCUGAAACUUUUAAGAAAGGGCAUCUUGACUCGCAUUUAUGCUCCCAUGGUCAUUGUUCAAGGACUGAGGGAGUCUGGAGUAUUUAGCUCUGUAAUUGAAUCGGCAUUAUUGACAACUCUUUCAAAGGAAAAUUUCUUAUCCUCGGUUGAAAGUAGUAAUUCUUCAAGAGCAACCAGAUUCAGAGAGAGAACUUCAAGAAAGAUUGGUGAUUUUGAACAAUCUCAGGUUACUGCACGUAGGGUCUUGCAGACCGAUGACAAUUCUUAUGCUGAUGCCUCGGCUGUCCCUCCACUUUCUCCUCCUAGUGUGGAUGAAUUCUACUUCUAAGCAUAACAACUAUGAUAUACUUCACAAUGAUGCUUGCUCUUGCUUUUCCUGGCUUCCUCAUCAAUGGAAUCUAACAACCUGAAAGCAUCCCAAGAAACUUGAGUUGGGGAGAGAAGCAGGUUUGGGUGGCUGUGAAGUUGCAUUCUUUUGGUUUCAUUGGGGUUCUUCCCGAUCAUUACCCAAGCGUUUUUUGUACAUUUUAGGGUUUUAGAUGAUGGGUUUUAUAGAGUGAGAGGUAAACAGCGGAUUCUAGUUGGGCCAUUAGAAUUGCAAUGAGGAUGAGAUUCUUGUUUCAUUGAAAUCUUCAGAGCUGGUAGCAGAGCUUUUGUUUAGUUUUAGAUUCUUUGAAAAUUAGGAACGAGGGACCCAAAAAUUUGUAUCAGAAAUUUGACGACUAUUUGUCGUGUAUACAUUCAUAUAUUGAACGAUUAUUGCAAGAUUUUAGAGUGGUUGGUACUUUUCGUUAUGAAUUUCUUGUUUUAAUGA